AUGGAAGUCGAAUCGGCAUGGCAGCUGGCGUUGAGUGCAGAAGAUAUGGACAAUUGGAAGGGGCAGCCUCAGAUGAAGGUUGUGAAGCUGGGCGCACCAGCUCGUCAUGUUCUGCUUGUGGCGAGUGCAAAAGUGUAUGCACUGGAUGCGCGGUGCGGGCACAGGGGAGGGCCGCUGGCAGCAGGAGACCUGGAAGAUCUGCCCACGGGGCUCUGCGUGCGCUGCCCUUGGCACGGCCGCAACUUUCGCCUCGAGACCGGCCACGAGGUUCUGCCAGAUGGAAGUGAACGUCCCUCGCAGCGGACCUUUCCUACGGCUGCUCCGCAGGAGCUGAGGGAGGGAGCCCUCUUCGUUCGCCUGGGUGCCGGAGAUCAUCUCCCAUCUGACGACUUCGCCUUGGAGACCUCUGUGCCGAAUGCAUCGUCACUGAGCAUCUGGUUGGAAUCGCGUGGUGAGGACAGGGAGGAGGCUGCACCUGCACCGAACCAGAACUCAGACUAUGUCUCAGACGAGUUUUUGUUCUGA